AGGUAAAAUUUUCAAGUUCACUUAUAGAUUUCCUACGGUUAACAUGUAUAAGGCGCCGUCAUCAUUGCUGGUCUUAAUAAUUUUAUUGGAUUUUAUCAUACAAGCCAUUAUUGUGGAAAGAAAUUUGCAUUCGUAUUAUCGUCUGCCCACCACCACCGUUAAAACGAGCAACGACAGUGAGGAAUACUAUAUAUUACAAUGUCCUUUUAAGUCAUCUUUGAAUAUACCAAAGCCACAGGAUAUGCCGGUAUGUAUAAUUGUGGGAAGACACAGUGAAAAUGAGGAAAAACAAAAGGAGUUGAUAAAAGCUAAACCUCGUACAAAUCUUAAUACCCAAGUGGAUUAUCGUUAUCUAAAGCCUCCGAAAUUGUUGAAAGUGGUAACAAUGAAAAAUGGUAAACCAUAUACUAUGUAUCUAAAACCGAUUAACAAGAAGUUGGAGACCUAUAAAAGACCUAAAACCGAGAUCAAAGAGAUGUAUAAAGCCACCAAUAUCAAAUUAUUGCUGCCAAAUCCCAGAAUGUUAUUAAACCAAUCAACUAUUUUAUAUCCUGUACCCAUGGUACAGAAAAUGUUAAUAAACGAUUCGGUAGCCUUGAGUUCCACUAAUGAGCCUCAGAAAUUAACUCAAACACUGCAGCCACCACCGUCUGAGAUGGAAACUGAUUUUGUAGACGACCCUUUGGAUGAGGAAGACACUCAAGCAAGUCUUUUGAAAUACCUGGGCGUUCAAGAUACUUUAAAACAAUUACAGCUAUCACAAAAACUACCCCGUCCUAAGGCCACAAAUCAAACUGUCUUUAAAGGAGAAAAGUUUUUUGCUGAUUUAAAGAAUUACAAAAAAGGAUAUCGUACUAAAGGUUAUCAGAAUAUGUAUCAUCGUGAUGAAAUUUAUCAAGAUCAUAUAUUCUAUGAUGAUCUUCAGCAAAUGGGAAAUUAUCGGAUUAAAGAAAAAGUACAAGAAAAAGAACCGUGAAAAGAUAAAUUAACGAUAUACAAAAUCGGAGGAAAUAUAUAUAGAGUAUAACUAAUAUAAGAAAAUAUUAAGUGUAUCCAGAUGUAGAGUCAAUUUAGGAUAAAAUCUAAUCAUAACUUUGUUUAGUUUUAUAAUUUACAAACUAUUUUAGUUCUUGUGACGAUCCUUAAUGGGUCUGAACGUUUUAUAGUCGGUUAUGGCCGACCACAUGAUACCUUACACCAGUUAGAAUGUUAAAAAUGUGGAUUAUUUUUAAAAUAAUUAAGCAUUUAUUUUGUUUUUUAACUUUAUUCCGAAAUAUUUUUAUUUAAUAUCGUUAAAAAAGACACUUUCUAUCAGAGGGCUCAUAGGGGAAUAGGGGUAAAUAUAGGCCGAUCCUUAUAAAUGUUGGUAGAGGAAUUUAUGUCUGCUUCAAAGUAAUUUAUAUAGAAUUUAAUCUUCUUAUUAGUGUUUAUUUGUAAAUUUUGACCUUGAAGUCAUUUUCUGAACUGGAUUUUCUAUGGGGGCUGGAGUCAAAUUAGUACAGAACAUUACUAAAAUCGGUAGUGUCAUUUAAAGUUUUAUAAAACUAAAUUUUGCCGAAUUUUGUUGACUUAAUAGAAUAUUUUACCGUACGCCUCGAACGGAGCCCAAAGGCCCUAUUCGGGGGAGUACGAUUGUAUGGGGGGAUUUCAACCAUUUUCAAUAGCAUUCAUCCUUGGACCAAAAGAAACUAAAUUUUGCAGAUUUUUGUUGACAUUUCGUUGAAACUUUUAACCGUAGCCCCCGAAUAGACCUCCCUAUUUGGGGGGUACGAGGUAUUUCUACCAUUUUCAAUAACGUUCGUCCUUGGACCAAAAGAAGAGUAUGUGCCAAAUUUCAUCAAAUUUUUACAUGGACACACAGACAGACGGACAUAGCUAAAUCGACAUUAAGGUGGGUGAAGAACCUGCCUGUAGUGGUGUAGAGUAUAAUUGAAGUGACGGACAUAACUAAAUCGACUCAGAAAGUGAUUCGCAGCCGACUGGUAUACUUUAAGGUGGAUGUAGGACCAAUAAUUUUGGUUGUUACAAUCAUCAGCACAAUAGUGGGUACAAUUAAAGUGGGGCAUUGGCCUCAGUAUAUAUCAUAAAUCAUUCCAAUUUCUAAUCGUUAUAGUAUAUUAUAACCAGUAUAGCUAAUUUUUUAUGAUUUUUAAAAUUAAUAUUAUUAUAUUUAAGUAGUA